AUGGGUAAACAGGUUGAAGAGGUUAAUGAAACAGAUGCACCGUGUUGCUGUUCACAGCGUUGGAUUUUAGCGUUUACCGGAUUCUUCGGUUUUGUUUUUGUCUAUGCAUUACGUGUGAACUUUAGUGUUGCUAUAGUUUGUAUGGUAAAAUCUUUGAAUUCGUCAUCAUCGAACAACAUCAGUUAUAUCAAUGAAACGUCAUCUACAUGUUCAGGCAAAGCUGCGGAAAGAGAAAUUUUUAAUCAGCAUGCUGAGUUUGAAUGGGAAAAACAAAUCCAAUCGACCCUUCUUGCUUCAUUUUUCUAUGGGUAUAUUGUUACUCAAAUUCCUGGUGGCUAUUUGUCCGACAGAUUUGGUGGACGACGAGUAUUUGGUACCGCUAUGGCAGUAGCAUGCGUGUGUACACUGGUGAUGCCUGCGUGCGCAAGAGUAUCAGUUAUCCUGGUUUACGUUCUCCGAGUUCUGCUUGGAUUAGCAACGGGAGUUUCUUUCCCAGCAAUGCAGUCUAUGUGGGGGCGAUGGGCACCUCCUUUGGAACGUAGCAAACUAGUCACCGUUUCUUAUCUAGGAACCAUGUUUGGUAACGUAGGAACAUUUGCCUCAUCCGGGUACUUAUGUGAAUACGGCUUUGAUAAUGGAUGGGGGUCUAUAUUUUAUAUUACUGGUGGUUUAGCCUGUAUAUGGGUUGUUGCAUGGUUUGUACUUGUUUGCGAUACACCAUCAAACCAUCCCUGGAUCAGUAAAGCAGAACGAGACUAUAUAAAUAAUAGCAUAGAAUAUGACAACACAAAAAGAUCAUCAACAGUCCCAUGGGUUGCAAUAGCGAAGUCACCAGCCGUUAUUGCUUGUAUAACUGCGCAUGUCUGUAAUAACUGGAUAAAUUAUACUCUGCUAACAAGUUUGCCUGCAUUCAUGAAAGCAGUCCUGAAGUUUAACAUCAAAAGUAAUGGAGUGUUAUCUGCUAUACCAUAUGUGUGUCAAGCUGUGUCAGGCUUAGGGGUAGGAUUAAUAGCAGAUCUGAUGCGAUCGAAACAGUUAUUAUCUACUACAGCGACAAGACGAUUAUGGUGCAGCGUAGCGUUUAUCGGAUCAGGCGCCUUUUUGAUUGGUACAGGCUUUGUGUCAUGUGAUCAGCGUAAUAUAGCUGUUGCUUUUCUCUCGAUAGCUGUUAUGUUUACCGGAUUUCAUCAUGUUCAUAGGGCUGGAUACGUCGUUAACCAUGUAGACUUUGGCCCAAAAUAUGCUGGUGUAUUGUUUGGUAUAACUAAUACGUUUGCCACUGUGCCUGGCAUGUUAGCCCCUAUAGUAGCUGGAGCAUUAACACCAAACGAUAGUCCAGAAGAGUGGAGGAACGUGUUUUAUGUAUGUGCAGCUUUCUGUGUAGUUGGAAUGGUGGUAUUUGGAUUUUUCUCAAGUGGCGAGAUUCAGGAAUGGGCGAAGGAUCUCAAAGAGAUUUUAAUUGAAAAGCCAGCACUUGACACAGAUACAAGAUUAUGAUAAUAUGUUUAUUAUCAAAAUAUUUUGAAA